AUGGACUUACCUGUGAUUGCUGUUGGAGACAUACAAAAUGUGCUUUCAGCUAUGCAGAAGAUCUUGGAGUGCCCAAUAUGCUUGGAUGUGGUUGAAGAGCCUGUUUCAACAAAAUGUGAUCACACAUUUUGCAGGUUCUGCAUGUUCAAACUCCUCAGCAAAAAGAUGAAAGAGGUGAUACAGUGUCCUUUGUGUAAGACUGAAAUCACCAAAAGAAGUCUGAAAGAAAAUUCCAGAUUUAAGGAAAUAAUUCAGGCCUUAUUGGAAACUAUCAAUGCAUUUGAGCUUGACACUGGAGUAAAGUUUUUAAACAGUCAUUGCUUUACUAAAACAUCCACAGAAGCCACAGCUGCUAAGUUCCUCUGUAAAGAAAGUUCUGUCAUCCAAAGUAAGGGCUUCAGAAACAGGAAAAAAAGUGCUAAAGAAAAUGGACAAGAAAACUGCACCUUGCAGGAAGCUAAUGUGGAUACCAGAGUCAAAAGGUGUCCCCUAAGAAACAAAAUCCAGAAAUGCGAUUCUGAAAAAGGGAUUUUUGUUGAGAUUGGCUCUGAUUCAUCAGAAGAGAUUUUUAAACAGGCAAACGAUACCAGGUUAGAAGACAAAGAAGCACUUGAGAUUUCAUCUCAAGAAAAGCCAGAAGAACUUAAGAGUGCUGAGAAGGGGAAUGAAUGUUCUUUCAGUACACAGCCUGACAAGCUAGGUGCUAAAGGAGUAAUUUUACCCAAUGUCAUAGGUGAAAGUGAUUUCUCAAAAGAAGGCUUGAGCAAGAAAAGCACUCAGAGCAUCACUGAAUACCCCAAACCUGGCCAAGUGAAUACGACUGAGUACCAGAGUUCUCCUUUAAAUGUUCUUGCUGUAGACCUACUGACAGAGCAGUGUAACAGAAUAGAUAAUGCCAGUCCCUUGAGGAAUGAGGACGCAUCUUUCUUUAAGAACCCAGAAGAAAUGGAUGCAGAGCAAAAGCAGUGCAAUAGCAAAAGUGAAGAGUUUGGCUUAAAAGAGCGUUCGGAGAGCAGGUUGGGUAAAAGCAAGGAAAUAGAUACAGUUGUACAAAGUAUGGAAGCUGUGGAAAUGAAUGAACCUGAGAAUGAUUUUUGCCAUGGAAAAGAACUUCCUCAGGAGAAACUACUUCAGCCAGAGAUACUUCAGUGUGGUACCCUGAAUGAAGUCUCUAGCAAGAGACUGAAGCGAAGCGUUCAGAAAGUCAAUGAAUGGUUUUCAAAAAGCAACGAGAUUCUGUCUUCCUAUUCUUCCCAGGAUGAUUCUGCUGCAGCAACUGAUGUUUCAGGUGAAGGAGAUCCAUGCUUAUCAGAUAAAGAUUCCUGUAUUUCAGAAAAGACGGACCCUAUGGUAGAUCCCGUGGAAAUUACAGUGACUGAAGGAAACAAGAGAUGGUCAAAACAAACAGCAGAUAGCAUCGAAAACAAAAUAUUUGGGAAAACAUACAAAAGAGAAAGGAAGUCAAAUCUCCCUAUUAUCCUCAGAGAUGUUUUGCCUACUACAAAAAAGGAAGAUGUGGCUGCUAAGUGCUUGAAUAGUCCCAGCAAAACAAGACUAAAACGAAAAAGGAAGAGCACCUAUGUCCUGCAACCAGAGGAUUUCAUCAAGAAAAAAGAUCUAGGAGAGGCAGGUGGGUGCCCUCAAAGUGUUAACUGGUGCCUUGGAGAUGCUGAAAGGAAAAGAUGUAAUGAGAGUUCUCUCAUUAAUGAGAGCCAUCUCUCCAAGGAAAGAGAGGAAAAUACACCAAAAACACUUGAGGAAGGAGGAGGAUCCAUAUGGAAAAAAGCUACUGAAAGGGUUACUGGCAAGCAUUGUGAUGGGGAGAUAGAACUGAAUAGCUCUGAUCAGAAAAGCACUAAAAAAAGUAGUUCUGUAGCAAAAAGAUGCAGGCGUCUUACUAGAACAAUGUGUGCUCUACAGUUAGUAGUGGAUAGAAACUCUGUUUCCCCUGACACAACUGAGCCACAGAUUGAUAGCUAUCCCAGCAGUGAGGAACCAAGGAAAGUUGAUUAUGAGCAAAGACAAGUCAGGCGCAGUAGGAGGCUUCAGUUACUUUCUGAAGAAAUGACAAAAGGAACAGGAAAAGGAGUAGUAAUUAAGAGAGCAAGAACACGUGACAGUGAUAGUGAAGGAUCUUUCUCUGGGGUCCAAAGGAAUGUGUUGGCUCACACUUCUGAAUGUGAAGACCUGUGUGAGCCCCAGGAUAUGUUGACUAACAAGCUACUCACCAAUAUGAAAGAUGGUAAUCCAGAAGCAUGUGAAAUACAGAUUAGUCUGAAGAAUUCACCUGACACUGCAGAAACUAGAAAAAAUCUUUUCAAUCCUACAUCUUCACAUCAGCUUUCAAGCUGCAAUUCCUUUGUACCUGAUGCAGGCUCUAAAGAAGGUGAAAUACUAGAUAGCCCUUUCCACCUACAGUCUUCUUCAAUGAUUGUUCUGCAAACUGCUUCCCACCCAACUGAAGAGAUGACUGAAGCAUGUAGCACUUUUUCCCAGGAUAGUGGGCAUGAUACACAAAAUGUUCCAGGGGACUUGGGAACUGAAAUAUUGUCAAUGGGUAAAAAGCUUUCGGAUUUGGCCAGGGAAACUGAAGAUAGUGAGUUAGACACACAGUAUCUGCGAAAUAUAUUUAGACAUUCCAAACGCCUGUCAUUUAGCCUUUAUCCUACUCCCAUGAAGGCAAGUGCAGUAGAAGAUGCUGCUGGAACUUCAAAGACAUCAUGUGCUGAUUGGGUAGAAAAUAAGCACAGCAAAUACUUAAAAAUAGAAAACUUGCAAGAGAAAACAGCUGCUGAAAGUUUGAGUAGGGUUGAUGAGCAAGAGAAGCUUAACACCUCUGAAUCUGCUUGUGUUAGUCCUGUGACUUGCUUUGUUGGCAGCACUGAAUGUAUGUACAGUACAGGGGAACACAAGGAAGGUGUUUCACAGAUUGCAAAUCAAGGGAAUCUGGCACCAAUGAGAAUGGAUACUGCUGGGACUGAAGACAAAAACGGAUCGCAAGAAGGCGAGCAGGGAAAUGAAAAAGCAGUGUCAACUGACAGAGGGAUAGAAAGCGAGGUGAGACAGAAUCCAGCCAAAAGUAACAGAAGGCAAAGUGAUCAGAGUAAUACAGAAGAGUGGAUUUUCAAAAGAACAGAUUUAAACACAGUUGAUGAAAUAUGCUUCUGUUCAGAAAGCAACCAAGAAGGAAAGGCCAAAGUUGUUGAGAGCAAAGGACCAAUGCCACCUUUUGAGUCCAGAUCAAUGAUUCGUUCUGCAACUUGUGAGCAAAGGCCUGCUGCACUCAGGUGUGAUGACGUGAAAAAAAGUAGCAAAAGAAAAACAAAACAAUUAAAAGGGAAUGAAGAACAAGCAACUCAAACUGCAAGCACAGGGAUGUCUGACUGUUUAGUUACAAAGGCUCUGGAAGAACCUCUUAAAGGGAACAGUGAUUUUACAGGUUUGUCUGAAACCCCUGAUGGCGUACUGUGCUCUGAUGAUGACACUGAAGAGAACACCAGCUUUUCUGAAACUGAUAGGAGAGAGAUAUCUGCUGUAUUUGUAAAAAGAAAUGACAAUGCCCUGGUAAAAGAGCUUCACAAUAUAAAUGUUAGUUCCAAGCCGAGAUCUCAAGGUAUCCAGAGGUCUCGAAGAAGAGCGCAGAAACUGCAAUCUUCAGAUGAAGAAUCUAGCGAGGAUGAAGAUUUACCAUGUUUUCAGGCAUUACUACUUGGCAAAUCAGUAAGCACACCUUUGCAGAUCAACAAACAAGUGGCACCUGUAGCAGGGUCUCCAGUAAGUCCCAUCUCAUUGCAUCACAAUGGAAGUCAUGGUGACAAUAAGAUGCAGAAAAUGCCCGAAGCUGCCCUAAGUAAUGGGUAUGUUUCACCUAGCCAGGAGUCAGAAUGCUCCCUCAACUUAUUUUCUUCACAGUCCAAUGUGUCUGAAGAAUCAGCUGAUGGAGCACAAGAGCUGAAGAAACCUGUAGUAGAAGUUCGUACAUCCAAACAAGUGAGCAAUGUGAAUGGGAGUAAAGAAACUUCCAGAAGUUGCAAUGGAGGGCUGAAAAGAAGUAAAACUAACUUCAAAGAUGAAUGCCAAGAAGACCCAAACAUAGGAGCAAACCUAGGUGAAGCAUCUGGAUAUGACAGUGAAACAAGUAAUGUAGAAGAUACAUGUGGACCAUUCUCUCAGGGUGAAAUCCUUACUACACAGCAGAAGAAUGCUAUGCAAAAUAACUUAAAAAAACUUCAGCAAGAAAUGGCUGUACUUGAAGCAGUACUGAAGCAGCAUGGAGGCCAGGAUUCUGAAUUUUCCCCUAUCCAUAGGGAUCUGCCACACUGCAAUAGCGAAGGAACACUUGAAAUGGAACAAAUGAGAAAAGGAGGUAAACAGUCUCCAGAACUGUUGCUUCCAUCUUCUAAAACCUGUUUGUGUAAGAGACCAGACUUGGAGAACAGCCUUCAGUGUGGCAGCGUUCCGAAGAACAAAGCUCCUUCUGAAAAGACAACAGCUGUGCGAGAAUGUAGUCAGUGUCAGCUUGAAGCAGAAAAUGUAGAUAAAGAAUCUGGGACCAGGCUAAUCAGUGCAUCUGUCUUAUCAAAUCUUCUUGGAAAUGUGACAGAAAGUCCAAAAAAUUCUUCCUGCUCUGUAAGGCUGCUUAACACUCAAACUGCAGAAGCAACAAAUAGUUCUGUUGAAGCUCAGAAUGUUAAGCAAAGCUCUGCUCAAGGAUACAAAUCAAAGAGAAGUGUGUGUUACCCUGUAUCUGUUCUGCACAAUGCCUCUGGGAAAGAAAAUGCUACCAGUCCAGUUAUGGCUAACAGGAAAGAAAUGUCAAUUGUUGCAUCAGGUCUGAAUCAAAGUGAACAUUUGGUGGUACAGAAGUUUGCAAGAAAAACUCGGAGCGCUUUCUGUAGUCACAUUACUGAAGGAACAACCCACGUCAUAAUGAAAACAGAUAAAGAGCUAGUGUGUGAACGGACGCUGAAGUACUUUCUGGGUAUUGCAGGAAGAAAAUGGGUAGUUAGUUACCAGUGGGUAAUUCAGUCUUUUAAAGAAGGAAGGAUACUGGAUGAGGAGAACUUUGAAGUUAGAGGAGAUGUAAUCAAUGGGAGAAACCAUCAAGGUCCUAAGAGGGCUAGAGUGUCUCUGACUGAAAAGAUCUUUAAAGACUUUGAGAUCUGUUGCUAUGGACCUUUCACUGAUAUGACUACAGAACACCUUGAAUGGAUGGUGGAGCUUUGUGGUGCCUCUGUCGUGAAGCAACUUCAUCUAUUCACACACACAACAAAUUCUAUUCCUGUUGUGGUUGUGCAGCCAGAUGCUUGGAUGGAAAACAUGGAUUAUAGAGAAAUCCAGCAAAAGAACAAAGUUGCCAUGGUGACUCGAGAGUGGGUAUUAGACAGUGUUGCUUGCUAUAAGUGCCAGGACUUCCAUGCUUACCUUGUGUCCUAA